CCCGCGAAUUCUAAACACUAAUGGCGACCGGUGGUUGUAAACGAUUCCCCUCGAAUGGCUGUUUUGAUCAGAAUCUUAAAGGUUUCGAGGAGGACACGAUGACAAAGUUCGUCGUUUGGACAAAAGACAAGGCUUUUGGUGUAGACGACCCCAAACCAGGAUCCAAAAAAAUAAUGUGGGAGCUGCAAUAUGUUCCUUUUGACGGGAUCCCCUUCAUGGUGGUGGGGAGGAGGGUCUACUCCUGUCACCAAGGGUUAGACAAGCAUAAACAUGAUAAACAGACAAGACAACUACAACUGCUUGAUGACCACUCGGACCAUUGUUAUAAAAAGAGGCGAAGUAUUCUCAAAGACUCGAAGAAACUGGACUGCCCAGCCAGAAUAUAUGUGGUUCAUCUAAUCAGAUUCCCUGAUUACAAGAUACCCGAUGACAUCCAUAAACAGAGGAAGGAGUGCGCUGGGCGUCUGAGACGUGCCUUGGCAACAAACCCGUCUGAAGUGAAGUUUGAGGAGCAAUAUGUCGCAUGCUUCCCAGGGAUUGAGGAGCACAAGAACCAUCCUGUGGUAAGAGAGGGGCCGGUGGACAGGAGUUCCACUUCUCCCAAAGACGGCAGCAAGACAAAGAAAAGGCAGAAGUGUGGGAGCUUGCUGCGCCAAAUCUCCGCUCUCACUCCCCAUCUACAGGAAGAGCCGUUCCUGGACUCGUUGAUUGUUCGACUGAACGACCUUUUGGAGGAUGUGAGGCGUCAUUCCCCUAAAGAUGACCCCCUUCCCCUGUCUGACACGCCUCCAUCCAAAAAAGUUAGAUACCUCAAAUCGCUCAGCAUGAUCCCCCAAAAAAGAAAAAACUCUGGAAGGUUUGGCCGCCCUGCUAAAGCAACGAAAAGUCAGCUUCAAGCUUUAAAUGCAGAUGUAAUGUAGUUUUUAGCUUGUAGCACUGGGUUGAAUAUUUUUGAAAACAUCUGGCUGCGAAGAACUCUCGCACACAGAGGGUCCUAUCCUGCACCCGGCGCAGCGCAAAGCCCGACGCAAGUGUCUCUUGCUAGUUUAAGACCGACGUAGUGGUCAAUUU